CAAGGCUUUGUGCAUAAUGUGAAUUCGAAGUCUCGGCCAAAAAAAUUGUGAUCAAACUGUUUAAGGAACGCCUUUUGACCUACCAAAUAGCUACAGAUCCUCAAGAUUGGCUGCUUCAAAAGCAAUAAAUGACCUCACGACUCUCGUGACUGUUUCGCGUCACGUUUUUGCCUUCGACGCGACUUGAAGCAACGAUUCCAUCGCCACUUCUUAAGACCCAAGGCUCAAUCUUCAACUAAGUACUAAUUCAUUGAGCUGGGAGCAUACCAUUUAAAUACGGGUCCUUAAGGGACGAUAUCGCAGCAUGGCCUCGCAAUCCCCUAGCCUAGAACAACUCCAGAAUGACUGGAAACAUAUGUUCCAAAAUAACCUUCCCGAGGCAGCAACGUCAAAAUCUCCUUCUCAACCCAAAUGGCCCGUCCACGUCGACCAUUGUUUCGCACGCAUAAUCCUCGACUCCGUCGUCGGAAUCGACGUCCCAUGGAUGCAAAAAAUAAACUCUCCAGCUUAUAAAAAUAUGUCUGAGCAGCAACUUCGAGAUAGUAUUGACCUAGGACAAAAGAUCUGGUCUGGUGAGACGAAUCUCGUGGAGUUGAAUAAUAGGAGCUUGGAACUGAGAGGAAAAGGGAAGGGUAUGAGUGGAAAGGGCAGUGGGAAGGUUGGAAAGAGUGAUGGAAGUCCGUCGAAAAGGAAGCGAGAAGAACAAGACGAUGAAGCUGUUGCAAAGAGAAUGAAAAAGGAGGAAGAAUCUUCGAAUUCAGAAGAGAAGGAGGAGGACAAAUCCCCGUAUUUCAAAGACAAGAAACCUAAGAAACUGCAAGAGGAGAAAGAAGAUUUCACACCCUGGCUCAAAAAAAUCGCUCUCUCAGACAAGACCUCAUUCCAGAAGAAGGUCCUGACAACACUAUGCCAAGUCCCGAGGGGUAAAUACACGACCUAUGGCGCCAUGGCAGAACAUCUCUCUUCUGCACCUCGAGCUGUCGGCAACGCAUUAAGGAACAAUCCUUUCGCGCCAGAUGUUCCUUGUCAUCGAGUCCUAGCAAGUGGUGGUGGGUUGGGAGGCUUUCAUGGUAGCUGGGGGAGGAAGGGGGAAGAGGGGUUGCAUGAUGGUAAGAAGAGGAAAUUGUUAAGAGAGGAAGGUGUGCGGUUUGAUGGCAAAGGGAAGGUCGUUGGUGCUCCUUGGACGGGGUUUAUAUGAGUUUUGGAUGGAAUUAUGGAGUUAUGAUGUCGGACUUUGCACACUGGAUUCUUUCGUUGUACCUCCCGGACAAUGGAUGUAUUGGUAUCAGAAAAUUCAAUUGGUGGGCGGACAUUCUCGAUUCUGAAAUGUCUCCUUUCGCUUGCUACACUUUCAGCUGCGAG